GAAAGGGCGCGCUGCAGGAGCUCGUGCGAGGCGCACAUACAGAGAGGUUCCUGCGGGCGCUAUUUUGCAAGAAUACCAGUGGCGCCAUCGUUUUCCAGCGACUGGAAGGGCGGGAAAGGUCGUCUCUUUGAUCGAGGGCGGAGCGCCGGCGCCUCGUCGUCGUCGUUUUCUGCAACUUGCAAGCUCCAUGGAUUUAGGAUUUUGAUUGUUUCCUUUAUACUUUUUAUAAGUUAACCUCUCUCCAGUCCGUGUUUCCCCGUCCAUUUUCUUCUUCUACAGGCAACCCGCCUCUCUCUGGGACAGAGUAAACGAAAGUUGGGGAUUUUCCUGGCUCCUCCCAUCGACCAAUAUCUUCGUAUUAUUUGUAUUACUUAUACUUCGGUCCUUUCCUCUGUUCUAGUCUUCGUGUUUGCGUGGUAAGGAGGUUUGCUGGAGCUUCUGACGAGAACAGGGUUCUCUCCAUACCUUGUUGAUUAUCCCAAAUAGAUAGUAUUAGUCAAAUCUCAAGAUUGUCUCUCCUUCGGCGGCUGUUGUCGAAUGGCUAGCCUCUCCUGCAACGUUAGGGUUGUGGGUUUCCAAGGAAGCCUCCUCCCUCGGAAGUACGAUGGUGGGAAGCUCCGGCAUUCUUUGGCGUUCUUUGGCGAGAGUCAAGAGUCGUGCUUUGGUGGGGUGAAGAAGUUGCAGUGCGGCGGAGCAAGCUUCUCAAGGCGACUGCCCAUGGGUUUCCCGGUGGUGAGGUCCAUGUCGGGGGCCGCAGUUAAGGCCGAAAAUGGUUCCUCUGGAGACCGAGUUGUUGCAUUGGUCAUUGGAGGCGGGGGUAGGGAGCAUGCUUUGUGUUACGCAUUGCAACGGUCACCAUCUUGUGAUGCAGUCUUUUGUGCACCUGGAAAUGCAGGCAUUUCCAGUUCAGGGAAUGCGACUUGUGUACCAGACCUUGAUGUUUCAGACAGUUCAGCUGUUGUAGCUUUCUGUCAGAAGUGGUCAGUUGGAUUGGUUUUGAUAGGCCCAGAGGCUCCUUUGGUUGCUGGUCUUGCAAAUGAUCUUGUUAAGGCUGGAAUCCCGACCUUUGGCCCUUCGUCAGAGGCUGCAGCAUUAGAAGGGUCAAAAGACUUCAUGAAGAAGUUGUGUGAUAAAUACGGGAUUCCUACUGCUAAGUACAAAACUUUUACAGAUCCGUUGGAUGCUAAAAAGUACAUCAAGGAGCAAGGGGCACCUAUUGUUGUGAAGGCUGAUGGAUUAGCAGCAGGGAAGGGCGUCGUUGUUGCUAUGACCUUAGAGGAGGCCUAUGAAGCUGUUGACAAUAUGCUUGUCAAAGGAAUCUUUGGUUCUGCUGGGGGCAAAGUCAUUAUUGAGGAAUUCUUGGAAGGAGAAGAAGCUUCAUUUUUUGCUCUUGUGGAUGGUGAGAAUGCCAUACCUCUUGAAUCUGCACAGGACCAUAAGCGAGUGGGUGAUGGUGACACUGGUCCAAACACUGGUGGAAUGGGAGCUUAUUCACCUGCCCCGGUGUUGACAAAAGAAUUACAGUCACUUGUAAUGGAAACAAUUAUAGUUCCCACUGUAAAGGGGAUGGCUGCAGAAGGCCACAAAUUUGUGGGUGUUUUAUACGCAGGGUUGAUGAUUGAUAAGAAGUCUGGUCUACCAAAGCUUGUUGAAUAUAAUGUUCGGUUUGGAGAUCCCGAAUGCCAGGUUUUGAUGAUGCGACUUGAAUCAGAUCUUGCUCAAGCUUUAGUUGCAGCGUGCAAAGGCCGGUUGUCCGAUGUGUCGUUGAGUUGGUCUUCAGAGCCAGCCAUGGUGGUAGUCAUGGCAAGCAAAGGGUACCCUGGAGAUUACAAGAAAGGUACCAUCAUCAGGAACCUGGACGAGGCCGAGCUUGUGGCUCCACAUGUAAAGAUUUUUCAUGCAGGAACUUCAGUGGAUGCUGCCGGGAAUUUUAUAGCAACCGGCGGGCGUGUCCUUGGAGUGACAGCCACGGGGAAGAACAUAUCCGAGGCACGUGAUAAAGCAUAUUUAGCCGUGAAUGAAGUAGACUGGCCGGAGGGCUUCUUCCGGAAAGACAUUGGCUGGCGGGCGCUGAAAGAGGAUUCGCCUCUCUCAGUAUAAAAUAAUUGACCUGAUACAACAUUGUGGUUAUGAAGUCUGUCGCCUUGUACCUGGCCUCCUGCUGUCUCCGUGCAAGAAAAAAAAGUGCUUCAAGUCUCGUGGAGACCGGCCCUUUCCCUAGUGAGAACGUCAAUAAGUGGUUUUGAAUGAGAAGCAAUAUCUUUAGCUUCAUCAAUGCUGUUCAUCCCGUGUUAAAAUUUUCACGUGUUCAGAAGUUUGAAACUCAAAAGUCGGCAUGUUUUUUUUAGAUCUUAAGUUGCGGCAUGAUUAGCAGUGCCAUUAGCCAGCAUCCUGUAAUUGAUUAUCUCCGAGUCUGAACCGCUUUGAUCCAACAUCUGGGUCUGUUGAAAGGAAUGAAAUGCCACCUUCAUCAGUA